AUGCAGGCGCCAGUGGUUGUUAUGAACACCCAGACCCCGGGUGGGGAGCGCCAGUUUGGCCGCAAAGCUCAACUAUCCAACAUCACAGCAGCUAAGACUGUCGCCGACAUUAUCAGAUCAUGCCUCGGUCCCAAGGCCAUGUUGAAGAUGCUGCUCGAUCCCAUGGGCGGUAUCGUCCUCACCAACGACGGCCACGCUAUCCUCCGAGAAAUCGAAGUCGCACAUCCAGCUGCCAAGAGCAUGAUUGAGUUGAGCAGGACACAAGACGAGGAGGUCGGCGAUGGCACAACCACCGUCAUCAUAUUAGCGGGAGAAAUCCUCGCACAAGCUCUGCCCCAGCUUGAGCGCAACAUCCACCCCGUCGUCAUUAUCCAAGCGUUCAAGAAGGCACUCGCCGAUGCUCUCGAAAUCAUCAGCGAGAUCGCGGUCGAAGUCGACGUCAACAACGACGAGCAGAUGUACAAGAUCAUUAGCUCUUCGAUCGGCACAAAGUUCGUAACGCGGUGGUCGGAACUCAUGUGCGGACUGGCUUUGAAGGCGGUGCGGACCGUUUCCCUCGACAUUGGCUCUGGCAAGAAGGAGGUCGACAUCAAGCGCUACGCACGUAUCGAGAAGAUCCCCGGAGGUGAGAUCGAGGACAGCGAAGUUCUAGACGGAGUCAUGGUCAACAAGGACAUUACACACCCCAAGAUGAGGCGGAGAAUCGAGAACCCCAAGGUUUUGCUGUUGGACUGCACACUAGAAUACAAGAAGGGAGAGAGUCAGACAAACAUUGAGGUUAGCAAAGAGGAGGACUGGAACAGGAUCCUUCAAAUCGAAGAGGAGCAAGUUAAGCAAAUGUGCGAUGCCAUCAUCGCUCUCAAGCCCGAUCUUGUCAUUACCGAGAAGGGCCACUACCUCGUCAAAGCCGACAUCACCGCCAUCCGCCGAGUUCGUAAGACCGACAACAACCGUAUCGCCCGUGCGACAGGUGCGACAAUCGUAAACUCCGUAUUCUCCGCCACCGCUUCGGACAUUGGUACAGAGUGUGGUCUUUUCGAGAUCUCUAAGAUCGGUGACGAAUACUUUACCUUCCUCACAAAGUGCAAGAACCCGAAGGCAUGCACCAUCCUCCUCCGUGGACCCUCAAAAGACAUCCUGAACGAGAUUGAACGGAAUCUACACGACGCCAUGGGUGUUGCCAGGAACGUUAUCUGGAACCCUAAGCUCUGCCCCGGUGGUGGUGCAACUGAGAUGGCCGUCGCGGUUGGUCUGGGCCAGCGUGGCAAGUUGAUUGAGGGUGUCGCACAGUGGCCAUACAAGGCCGUCGCCGAAGCCAUGGAGGUCAUCCCACGCACGCUCAUUCAGAACUCAGGAAACAGCCCGAUCAAGGUGCUCACCCAACUGCGCGCGAAGCACGCAGAGGGCUACGAAGACGGCAAGCACGGUGGCAGCACAUGGGGUAUCGACGGUGAUGCAGGAAAGGUUGUCGACAUGAAGUCAUACAACGUAUGGGAGCCUCUAGCGGUCAAGGAACAGAGUGUCAAGACUGCUGUUGAGAGCGCUUGCCUACUGCUCAGGGUUGACGAUAUCGUCGCUGCGAAGUCGGCCAAGCAAGUGAGCGGCCCGAUCGGCGGUGGUGAUGAUUAG